UGUGUGCGCGGCUAAGGUUCGCGCCGUGUUAUGUCUUGUCGUGCGCGCGACUUGGAUUUCGUUCUCUUUGCAUUUCUCGCACGAAGGUCGAACGCUAUUAAAACUGGACCGUCGCCAGAAAUCGCCGGCAAUAUUUCUGCGCGUGCGGUGCGGUAGACUACGAACACGGUCAAGCCACGUACGGAAUUGAAAUUUAAACAACGAAACAAAAAAUUAUUGCCGAAUUGUGCGCUUUUUGUUAAAAAAAUAAUUUUUUCCGCGAUUCAAGCAGUUUUCGUUCGGUUCAUCGAAGUUCAUCAGCACACAUCCGCGAAUGCAAAGUGCGCGCGGACGGUGAACGCGACAGUGUCGCGAGAGAGUGCGUGCGAGAAGAGUUCGUGACAUGCGAUGGCGUUGCUGAACUACACCGCGUCGAACCUCUACCAGCCGCCGGCGGCGACCGCGUACGUGCAGCCGCCGCCACCGCUGCCAGCCGCGUAUAGUUACCCACGGCCGCAGACACCCUUCGACGCUGAGGAGGCGACAUAUCCGCCGCCCGCGACGCCGCAUUACACGCGCGUCCAAGGCGGCGGCUCCAAGGCGCAAUUGCACGCCGUGAUUGACUACGACUACUAUGAUGAUGGUGCGCCCGCCGCUAAUGGUGGCCGCCAGCAGCAUCAGCCCGCCGUCACCCCCAUUCAAGGGCCCAUUUAUCUCAAAAACGGCAGCGUUCCGGUAGUGCCGCUCUAUUCCUAUCCGCAGCUCAACAAUGGCACUUUUGUACAAAUUCCUAUUCUCUGGACGGCGUUAUCAGUCGCACUGGGGCUGGAGCUCCGCGGGGAGUUCAUUCGUGGUGUGCCAUGUAUAAAACGUUAUCAGCAGUUAUUUUGCCCAUCCGCUGGCAAUUCCUAUCCUUUAGAGCGAAUUGAAUCGUUCAUUGAUGAAAACAAAGCGUUGAUGAAACGCAUGUACGGUGAGUUUACGAUGGAGCCGCCGGAAUACACGCCGGGGCCGGCGCCGCCCACGGAUUACGGAUCCACUACGUCCCGGAAGAGUAAACGACAGGCGAAUCUUCCACCGGGAGUGCCGGAUAUUCACACGAUUCCGGGCGCGCAGGCAUUCUUCGGCAACCAACGGCCACCACGACAAAACAAUCGAAAUUCCACCUCUGACACCGGACGAAUUGAUGCUUGUGAAAGUAAAGUGGAGAUUGUGACACCGUACUGGGCAUCUAACUCCGCAGGAAAAAUACGUGCAGUUGUCAAUACUCAACAUUUCGAACAAGCUAUACAUCAAGAAGUUUGCGCUAAGGGCAGGACAAAUCGUUGUUCGGGUGAUUGUGGCUGCGAGCAAAAGUACAAAUGGCAUCGCCUGUUGGCCUACGACCCCGACAAUGACUGCAAGGGCAUCUUCAUGGACUGGUUCCUCUUCCCAUCGUGCUGCGUAUGCCGCUGCAAUCCCAUCUAGACGGGAUCUUUGUCAAAAAAAAACUAUGAAAGUAUUUCGAGAGCACAGUGCCAAAUCAAGUUCAUCAAUACCACGAGUAUAAUGAAUAAUCUAAUGGAAAUAUAGGAAGAAAACGCUGAUAUAUAAAAGGAAAUCUAUGCAACUUUUAUCGCGUUAUUUAUUUUAUGCACUAGUGCGCAUGCGCAUUCCAAUCGACAACUGCCAAAUGAAGAGAAUCGAUCAUUUCGUGCAGCUAGUGCAUCUAGUGUAAUAUUUAUGCAAUAUUAUCAGCAAGAUGAUUGUUGCGGACAAGAAACAGAAGCAGCGUUUUUGUUUGUAAGUUAAGAUUGAUUUCUAGGCUAAGAUUUUGAUAAGAAUUCAACGCGUCACCGCAUGUUACCAUUUCCUGUUUGAUAUAGAAACGGCAGGGCCGAUAACAAAUACCAUUAAAUAAGCCAUAUCUACGUUAAGUUUACUUUCAUUAGGUUUUUAAAUGUAUGCUCUAUGAAUAUCGAAUAAAUGUAGAAAUUUUUCACUAAAA